UAUAAAAUGAUAACAGGCGUCAGGUGUAAAUCAUAAAACAAAAAAUAUAUAACCAGGUGCAGGUCGAAAAACAUCAUUUGAUCUAACUCCGAGUUGCCAAAAUGCUUCUAUUAAAAGCAAUUCCAAGUGUCUUCCUCCUUGUGUAUUGCUCAGCUGCCCCAGCCGCUCCAUCCGAUGAUGACGAUGCCCACCUGACUGUUCCGGAACUCAUCACCAAAUACGGAUAUCCCGUAGAGGUGCACCAGGUCACCACAACUGAUGGCUACAUCCUGACCCUCCAUCGCAUCCCCCACGGCAAGAACACUGAUAAAGUAUCAAACAGAGUCGUUUUCCUGAUGCAUGGACUCUUGUGCUCUUCUGCCGACUGGAUCUUCACCGGGCCUGACCACGGCCUCGGCUACCUCCUGGCAGACGAAGGCUACGACGUUUGGAUGGGCAAUGCUCGAGGAAACCACCAAUCGCGCAACCACACUCGCCUUAACCCCGACAAAGACCCCGAAUUUUGGCAGUUCAGUUGGCACGAAAUCGGGGCUGUGGACGUCCCUGCCAUGAUCGACCACGUGCUGGAGGUCACAGGCGAGGAAAGCCUCUACCACAUCGGGCACUCGCAAGGAACCACAACUUUCUACGUCAUGACCUCCAUGCGGCCGGAAUACAACAGCAAGAUCAAGGCACAUUUCAGUCUAGCCCCCGUGGGGUACACGAACCACAUGACCAGUCCCCUAAUGCAUAUUUUGGCGUUCUGGUCCGGGCCUCUCGAGCUCCUCUUCAAACUGAUCGGAGUGAACGAAUUUCUCCCAACUAACGAGUUUUUGGCAUUGAUGGGCGAUACGUUUUGUCGCGACGGGGACAUAACCCAGUUUCUGUGCUCAAAUGCGCUUUUUGCCAUUUGUGGGUUCAGUCCGAAGGAGAUGAAUGCGACCCUUUUCCCUGUUUUGACAGCACAUACUCCUGCUGGGUCUUCGACCAGACAAUUGGUCCAUUACGCGCAGGGAAUUAACACGGGGACGUUCCGGCAGUUUGAUUUUGGGUUGAAAAAUCUGGAGAUUUACGGGACUUUCACUCCACCUGCCUACGACUUGAAGCUUAUUACAGCACCGAUUUAUCUCUUCUACAGUCACAAUGACUGGAUGGCGGCUGAACGGGACGUUAUCAGGCUUUGUAACGGGUUAGGGGACAGUUGUAAAGGCAAAUUUUUAGUGUCUGACAAUUCUUUCAAUCACUUGGAUUACUUGUACGGGAUCAGUGCCCCUAAAAUUGUAUACGAACGGGUGAUUAGUUUAAUGGCAAGGCACUGAUUUUAUUCUCACGACAAAAAUAUACUGUGUAUAUGUUUAAGUUAAUAAAAACGUUAGAAACCCUCAA